UUGUUCGUAGUCUUAUCAGAGUUGCUCUAGUUGCGUUCGAAUUACAUCACACAUUCAAAAGUGAGCGUGACACCAGUGUUCAGUGUGUGAGCAGCCGGUUAAUUUCGUGUAAAAUUUUGAAAUACUAAAUAAAAACAAAAUGUCCUGGUUAUUUGGUAUAAAAACUCAACAACCGCCUCCAACAGCCGGCGGAGAUGAUGGUAGCGAUCCAAAUCAACCAGCUCCAGCACCACUAACAAAAUCAGAGCGUCGUGCGAUGGAAGCGUAUCGCUUUGAUUCAUCGGCCUUGGAACGAGCUGCUGAAGCAGCCAAAGUAUUAGAACGAUCAAAACAUGCACGAGAAGCAUUAGAGUUAUCAAAGAUACAAGAAUCAACGAAACAACAAGAGCUCAUUACCAAAGCCAAAGAGUAUGAAGCCCAUUUGGAGCAGGCACGUGUCGAACAAAAACGCGUUGAUUACGAAGAACGGAGGAAACUUGCAUCAGAAGAAACCAAACAACAACAAUUACGUGCUCAAUAUCAGGAUCAAUUGGCCAGAAAACGAUAUGAAGAACAAUUGGUACAACAACAACGAGUGCAAGAUGAAAAUUUACGAAAACAAGAGGAAAGUGUGGCCAAACAAGAAGCAAUGCGACGAGCUACCAUUGAACAUGAAAUCGAGGCAAAAGAAAGGAACAAAUUGAAAUUGUUGGAGCAUGAGAUGCGCGUAAAAGCCAAAGUUGAAAGAGAAAAUCGUGAUUUGACUUUGGAACAAAUUCGCUUGAAAGCACAAGAGAAUCGUAUCACCGUAUUAGAAUCCAUCAAAACUGGUGGUACAUUGAUCGGAGCUGGUGCACAAGCAUUAUUAACCGAUUGGGAUAAAGUUUUAACUGCUGCCGGAGGUCUUUCUUUGCUGGCCUUAGGUAUUUAUGCUGCCAAAGGAGCAACUGGUGUUACUGCUCGAUAUGUUGAAUCGCGCAUCGGUCGCCCGUCACUCAUCAAUGAAACUUCACGUUUUACAUUCAAGGAUAUGAUUGCAAGUCCAUUGAAAACGAUUAAAAAACUUAAAACAAAACCAGCUGAUGCCUUGCAAGGCGUUGUAUUGCAACCAGCAUUGGAAGAACGUCUUAGAGAUAUUGCAAUUGCGACGAAAAAUACAAAACACAAUAAUGGAUAUUUUAUGAAUGUAUUAUUGCACGGAGCACCGGGUACGGGCAAAACGAUGUUUGCUCGUAAAUUGGCUGAGCAUUCUGGCAUGGACUAUGCCAUCAUGAGUGGGGGUGACGUUGCUCCAAUGGGUAAAACUGGAGUUACAGCCAUUCAUAAAGUGUUUGAUUGGGCAAAGACCAGCCGUCGCGGUGUGUUGUUAUUUGUCGACGAAGCCGAUGCAUUUUUGCGUAAACGUUCAUCUGAACACAUUUCGGAGGAUUUACGUGCAGCUUUAAACGCUUUCCUUUUUAGAACUGGUGAACAAAAUCAAAAAUUCAUGUUAGUUUUGGCCAGUAAUACACCUGAACAAUUUGAUUAUGCAUUAAACGAUCGUCUUGAUGAAGUAGUUGAAUUCUUGUUACCUGGUUUGGCGGAACGUGAACGAUUGAUUCGAUUGUACUUCGAUAAAUUUGUAUUGCAGCCAGCAUCUGAAGGACUCAAACGAUUUAAAGUAGAUGAAUUUGACUAUGGAGCUGUUUGUAGUAAAAUGGCAAAAAUGUGCGAAGGAAUGUCUGGACGUGAAAUUUCAAAGUUGGGCGUUUCGUGGCAAGCAGCACUUUAUGCAUCAGAAGAAGGUGUACUCACUGAGAAAAUGGUACUCGAUCGAUGUAAUAGAGCAAUACAUCAACACAAACAAAAGAUGGCUUGGUUGUCGGAGCAAGAAAAAUUGGAUCACAAAUCAAUAACCCAAGGGAAGCCAUUCGUUCUUUAAACUACAUUAUUAUUUUUAGGUGGACAAAGUUUUUCCAUUCCUUUCUUGAUGAAAGAAGCAAUGAACGAAUCCUAUUUUCAUAGUAAUAAGUAUUUAGCAAAAAUGAUUUGCGCGUCAAAUUCAAAAUAAAUGAGACAAUUUAAAAGUUACCAUA